AUGGAAACUGCUCUCGCCCUGUUCGAGCAUGUUUUCAGAAUCUACGGAUUACCCGAGGAUAUAGUGAGUGAUAGAGGUACUCAGUUUACUUCACAAGUAUGGAGGGCCUUCUGCAAACACCUCGACAUUAAUGUGAGCCUUACCUCAGGCUACCAUCCACAGGCUAAUGGACAGGAGAACCAUCCAACGUUCCAGCCGUGGAUGAUUGGAUUAAAUAGGAGUGAGAGGGUGUGGGAUAGCGCUCAUGUGCGACUACAAAGAGCAAUCAGGUAUCAGGAGACUCAAGCUAACCGCCACAGACGCCCACAUCCCCCAUAUCAACCUGGACAAAGGGUCUGGCUCUCGACGAGGGACAUCAAGAUGCGGCUGCCCAGUAAGAAGCUAAGUCCAAGGUAUGUAGGACCAUUCAAGAUAAUAAAACAAGUAAAUGAUGUCACUUAUCAACUUGAACUGCCUACUAAUUAUCGUAUAUCUCCAUCCUUUCAUGUAUCCCUCCUCAAACCGGUCCACCCGGGAGUUGACCCUGGCCAUGAAGCCCCAGAACCACCGCCGCCACUUGAGAUUGACGGGAACCCCGCCUAUCAAGUGCGCGAACUACUGGACUCGCGGAGACGAGGGGGUCGGCUCCAGUACUUGGUGGACUGGGAGGGUUACGGACCAGAGGAGAGAUCCUGGGUAGCCGCUCGGGACAUUUUGGACCCAUCCCUUAUAGAGGAGUUCCACAGAGCCAGACCCGAUCGUCCAGCACCUCGCCCUAGGGGAAGACCACGUAAUCCACAACGAGAUUCUGCCCAGGACCAACCACGACCACGGGGACGCCCACGAAACCAACCACGAGAUUCUGCCCAGGACCAACCACGGCCACGAGAACAACCACGAGACCAACCACGAGAUUCUGACCAGGACCAACCACAACCACAGGGACGCCCACGAGGACGUCCACGAAGAGCUCCAGGAGUCGCUCCUAGAGGGGGGAGUUCUGUAACAUCCAACCAGCAGAGGGAGCCCUCUCCCGAGUACUGACUCGAGCCGCUCCCUCUACUACUACUACUACUUCCGGGUUAGGGCUAUAUAACCGUAGAGCACCAGGUGCUCUACGCGAAGUAUUGCCAGCCUGUCUGCCUUACCAAGCAUUUACCAUUGAUCUACUGACUUCUAUUGUGUAUGACCUUUUGCUUGCUUUAUCGACUCACGGCUUCACGGAUCUUCCUUGUCUGUUAC